AUGUCAAACCCAUACUCUUAUCCCGACUCGGGCUUGCCCACCGGCCUGCCGGGCUUCUCGCCACGACGGCCCUCCUACGCCUCGGCUGCAGGUAGCCCCGGUGGCUACGGCCGCUCCGGCGCCACCUUCCAACAGCUACUCAACACCACCAAUGCCGACGGCUCCGAGAGCAAUGGCGCGAACUUCCACACGAGCAUACGGCCACCUUAUGGCAGCCACAGCAGCAGCAGCGCCAACCUGACCGGCAGCAACGACGACGACGCGGAUCCCAUGUGGUCCGGCCUGAACACGAACGUUCCCGACAGUGCCCUAAUACGUCUGCUCGGCGCGCGAGGCCAGCUGCCCUCGUUCUCGCGGGCGUUUGAGCCCUUCUUGCGAGGCCCCUCCUACACGGAUGCCCCGGGCACGACGAUCGUUCCCAACAACAACGCGGGCUUCUUCACGCCUUCCUACCUCCGCGAAUCGGUGUAUGUCCAGCGCCUCGAGGAGCAGUACAAAGCCAAGGUGCAGGCCGCACGCGAGAGCCAGCAGCUCCACGCACGCCAGCCAGCAGCGGCCCAACCAGGUGCAGGCGCAUCCAGCAGUGGUGGCAUGAUGCUGGGAGCAGGCAACCUGGGUGGGCUGCACGGCCGGCAUAGCGGUUCGCUGUUGGGUGGCGGCGGCAGUGGCGGACUCGAUGGCCUCAGCACAUAUGCCAGCCUGACCAGCAUCAGCAUCAACAACGGCCCCGGCGGCCUCGGCAACGGCAAGAUUGGUGGCCCCGGGUCGCACCGUGGUCUGGCAUUCGAUGUGGUCGAGAAAGGUCUGGGCGGCGGAAGCGGCAGCGGCCUUGGCAUUGGCGGCAGCAGUGGCGGCGGCAGCGGCGGCGGCCUGCCGGACGACGAGGAGCCCAUGGCACCCCUGCCGUCACGCUGGGACAAGGACGACAAGGCGUCGUCGCUGGACGUGUUGUCGGACGGCCUCGACGUCAAGUUCGCCGGGUCCCGGUCCGCAAGCGACCACAACCAGCACGCUCAAGAGGCCGGCUCCGUGCGCGCCGACCACUACAUGCCGCCACAGUGCGGCAUCUACUACUACGAGGUGACGAUUCUCUCCAAGAAGCGGGAAGAGUCGACCAUUGGCAUCGGCUUCUCCGAAGCAUCAGCAAAGCUGUCGCGUCCGCCUGGCUGGGAGCCCGGCUCGUGGGGCUAUCACAGCGAUGAUGGCAACGUCUUCACUGACCAUGGCUCCGGCAAGAAGUACGGCCCUUCGUUUGGCCCAGGUGAUAUUGUGGGCUGUGGCGUCAACUUUCGGACGGGCACCGCCUUCUUCACCAAGAACGGCGAAGAUUUGGCUCUGUCGCACGGCUCCUUCCUUCUGCUCAACCACCAACUAACCAACCGCUCCUUCCCAGGCGUUGCGUUCAAGGACAUCAAAAGCUCCAGCCUAAAGCUCUUUCCCUCCGUUGGAAUGAAGAAGCUGGGCGAGCACAUUCGCGUCAAUUUUGGGCAGGUGCCUUUCACUUUUGACAUCGACGGUGUCAUGAAGUCCUUCGCCGUGGCCCAUGAAUUCGAAGCAGAGGUUCCGGUUUCAGACUGUUGUCGGUCUGCACAGGCUACCAGAAUCCUAGCUGCCCGUGGCCGCGACGGUGCGAGCGACCAGGCCGCCAGUGCUUAG